AUGUCCCGUAUUGUGAACGCUAUCGCUCUCAACGAACCUGUGCUCCUUACCAGAGAUACAAGGACUGGGAAGACUAGUGUCAUAACUCAUCUGGCCCAUAUCUUACAUCAACCUCUCAUUUCCGUGAAUCUAUCUAAAAAAACGGAAUCAUCUGUCUUGAUUGGUGGGUUCCGGUCCUUGGAUGCGCGGAUACCUGCCUUAUCUUUACAGUCAAAAUUUCUGCAUCUGUUUAGAGAGAAGUUCAACCGUAGAAGGAAUGAAAGAUUUGAGGCGGACGGUACUUCGAAAGCUAAACGUCACGCCUUUGAGCGCGACGUUGACGAGUUCAGUGUGCAGUAUGUGAGCGGCAAGGGAAGGCUUGCUGUUGAUUUUGUCGAGGGCCUGUUAGUUCAAGCGUUGCGCGAAGGCGAAUGGAUCCUUCUUGACGAGGUUAAUUUAGCUACUGCAGAGACUCCUGAGUGCAUCGCUAAUCUGCUUCGUAAACCGACUGUCUCUAUCACUCUGACCGAACAAGAAUCACUGGAGCCGGUACCUCGACAUCCCAUCUUCCACCUCUUUGCGUGCAUGAACCCCGCUACUGAGGUUGACAAGAAUGAUGUUCCUCCUAAUAUCCGCCCUCGGUUUACCAAAAUCAAUGUCCCACCUCCUGAUGCGGUUCGCGAAACACUGAUUGCUGCACAAUAUAUUGGCUUCAGUGAAGUCAGCGACAAAGUUUCCAUCAUGGAUGUUUGGGAAUUAUACAUCGCAGUUAAACACUUGGCUGAAACUUGCGAGAUUGCAGAUCGAGCCAAUCAUCGUUCUCAGUUGAGUAUGCGUACACUUGCUCGCGUAAUGACUUUUGCAUUCGACAUUGCAAGCACCUACGGACUUCAGAGAGUUCUGUGGGAAGGGUGCCUCAUGGAAUUCACCAUGUUUCGCGAUAUACCAAGUUCCGAGAAAGUCUUUUCUUUGGCCGAAAAGCAUCUGUUAGCUGGAAUUAAAAAUGUGCGUUCUGCAUUACCCAACAAACCUACUUUACCUCCAUGUUGUGCACCACAGAACUUUGUCAAGCUGGGCCCUUUCUUGGAACAUGGACUUGUACCUCUAGAUCCUGCCGACGACUACAUUUCGGCACCGUCAACAGAGAAGAAACUAAUCGUUCUUGCUCGAAUCAUUUUCACUCGACGCUUCCCUGUCCCCAUUGAGGUACCUACUUCCAGUGGGAAAACUAGUUCAAUAGAAUACCUCGCUAAAAGAACCGGACGUCGCUUCAUUCCUAUCAACAACCACGAACAGACUGAUAUACAACAAUACAUUGGUUCCUACGUUCUGCAACCCGUCCCCGGGGAACUGGCAUUCACUGAUGGUUUGCUCAUCCGUGCCUUACAAAGUGGCGACUGGAUCGUACUGGACGAGGUCAACCUCGCCCGAACGGAUGUCCUCGAAGCUUUGAAUAGACUGCUCGAUGACAAUCAGGAGUUAGUUAUACCGGAGACAGCAGAAACUGUCAGACCCCUCCCACAUUUCGUGUUGUUCGCUGCGCAAAAUCCAUCAGGCCUAUAUGCAGGAACAAAGGUGUUGUCUCGUGCGUCCCGCAAUCGUUUUCUGGAAGUUCACUUCCAAGACGUCCUUGAAGCUGAGCUGGAGAUUAUUCUUUGCCAGCGAUGUAUGAUCGCAAUUUUGUACGGAGAGAAGUUUGUCACAGCAUUUCGCGAAUUGGACAAACGAAGGCAAACUGAUCGUGGUUUUGAAAGCAAGCAGAGCUUUGCCAGACUUCGAGAUUUGUUCCAGCGUGCUCGCAGAGAUGAAGACAAAAUUAUCGUCAAAGUGAGUCGUGCACCAGACUUUGCUCAGUUUCUCGAUUGUGAUCCUUCAAGUGCAUCUCUCAUUUGGACCAAAGCUAUGCAAAGACUUUUUGUCGUUGUCGCUCGUGCCGUUCGUUUCAAUGAACCGAUUCUCCUCGUCGGCGAAACUGGGUCAGGGAAGACCUCUGUUCGUCAGAACACGGAGACGGCAGAUCUCAUUGGUGGUUUGGGUCUCACAGGAGAUCGUGCUUCGUUGGAAGCUGACGCUUUACGGAAAACAGGAGUACUAUCAUCUAAGAUAGGCUCAGAACUGGACUCUCACCAUGUAGCGACUUUGCAAUCACAAUCAGAUAUGCUCCUGAAAUCCACUACUCUAACUUCUCCUACUCGCAACGCCCUGGAGAAGCUUCAAACGAGGCUAUGCGUAACCGGGAUGUCUUGGUGGACUAGAUUUCUCUUGCUGAUGAUUCCGUACUGGAACGCUUCAACAGCGUCCUAG